GAUUCUCGAUCGGGAAACUUCGGCAUUAACGUAACGACCCCCGCCGACCUUCGCCAGUCAGUCUGGGUUUUGUGCAUUAUCGAGUUCAGUCUGUCAUUCUAGCUCACAGUGAUUAUUUUCUAGACACACCUAAUGGCUGAAAGUAUAAACACAGAUGACAUAAAGGUGGCUGUUAAAGGCGGUACAUCGAAAUGUAAACAGAAUAUGGAAUCAAACAACUGCGAUGUAGACCGAGAAGAAUUUUAUCGGCGAAUACAAGAAGCAUAUCGAAGCAAAAAGGCGCCAAACACGUUCCUGCUUACGCCAGAAAAGUAUGCGCUUGUACUUCAACAGGUGAAAGCGGCGAGGAUAAGUCCCAAAAAGACUGCGUCGGACUAUCGCCGAAUAAAGCGGUACGUGGUAGUCGAUACCCCACUUGGUGAAAGAUUGUUCGCGGCACCCAAAGACAAUCAACCGCCUCAGCAAAUGUUUGUCAACACGCAAGAGAUUUACGAUAUUAUCCGUGACUGCCAUUUAAAAUACAAUCAUGGUGGCAGAAAUCGUUUGAUGACGGCACUGAAACCAAUCUACAGGAACAUUACUACUGAAAGCAUUUUAGUUUAUCUGCAGAUGUGUUUGCCAUGUAAAAGUAAGCUCAUUAGGCGAGGAAAAGGGGUACGGAAAGAUAUUGAAGAAACAUUUAAGCCUGAAGCAAGUAAAAUUGACGACAUUUUUAACGAAGAUGACGAUCCACUGGAGACAGAAAUUGAUAUGCAGUUAGAAUUAGAACCAGAAACAAAUCAAGAGCAAGGAAUAAUAUAUCCCGAACUGUAUUCUAGAGGUCAGUUGGAUAUUUUAGAUGUAACGACUGAUCCGAAUGAAGAAUAUAAAUACAUGAUGGUGUACAGAGACUUUGUGAAUCAGUAUAUUCAUUUGAAGCCUUUGAAGGCUAUAAGCGUUGACGAGACGGUCGAUGUUUUGUUAGAUAUUUUCUUAGUUUUUGGAGCGCCAAAUAUUUUGCAGUCUAAGAACGGGAUAGCUGUGAUCACACCUAUUUGUAGGCGAAUAUGCGCUGCAUGUCCUGAAAUGAGGACUGUUCCAGGUAAUGCGGUGUUUUCUAAGAACGAGUUUAAAGGAAAGUCCAAUGAGGAUAUAUUGAAGCAGCUUAACAAGUGGUUGGAAGUGAGCCAGAGCACGAAGUGGCACCAAGGCUUGAAGUUUGUCCAGCAUUCCUUAAACACUACUUUCCAAUCGACUAUUUGCAGGACGCCAUCUCAGUUAGUUUUUGGUACAAACCCUCGGAUGGGAUUGGCAUCAUGUAUGUCCAAAAAUGAAUAUGAACUCAUACUGUCAGAAAGCGACUUGAAGGCAGCGUUAGAUCAGAAAGAAAAUAAUAGUCACAGAUCCCGGAAACAGCUGAAAUUAGAAGAAUCUUUGGUGUUGCCAUGUAAUUUUAUAAAAGAUGAGGCUAUAGAGGAAGAAGUUAAUGAAGAAAUCUUCGACGAAAGUUAAAAUUUAAAAAUACUUUUAAUACGCGCGUAGGCUGUUAUUGAUUUGUGUUUACUUAAUAAUUAUGUUAUCUUCUCGAAUUAUUUUUCUGCUUUCA